AGUGAUCAAUUUUCUGUCACAUAUUACAGAAUUUCCAUGGUGCUUUUUUCAGAUAAAAAGUCUGGCUGUAGUUUCCAUGAGUUCGAAAUCCCCACUGACGACAUCUCAGCAGACUAGUUCACACUGCGUGCAAAGAAUUUUGAGUGGAUUGAAAAUGCUUCUACUUCUGAGUUGCUGGAUUAUUGCAGGGGUUACAGCAGAUGACCCACCAACGAUGCAUUACCGGGUGAAAAACAGCUCAUUAUGUCUACAAGUUGGAAAAUCACCACCAUUUCGAGGUUAUCAGUGGAUUUUUGAUGAUAAAUUUAUUGUUAUUGAUAACAACAACAUCACACCCAGGUACAAAGACAAAGUGGAUUAUGAUCCAGGGAGCCACUCCUUGUGUAUCAAGAACCUCACAGAGACUGACAGUGGCACCUAUAAAGUCACUAUCACUGAUUCUGACUUUCAUUUAUUUACUGAGACCCACACACUAAUUGUUGAAGAAACUGUUUCCAGACCUGUCAUCAGGAUGAAGGUGCUGCGCUCUAACAAAUCUGCUGGAUUCUGCAACAUCACAGUCAACUGCUCCGUCCAGGGUGACUGGGCGUGGUCUGUGUGUAAUGGAGUCAGUUGCAGAACAUCUCUGAUAUCAUUCGUGAAAGUCAACAUCACCAUCUCCUCUGACAACAGAACUGUUGUCUGCAGUGGACACAACCAUGUCAGCACAAGCAAUGCUUCUGAAAGCAUGGAGGCAAUGUGCUUUAAUAAAACGAAUCCUGAACAUAAAGAGGCAACACAACCAACCACUGUAAUAGUAAUAGUAAUAGCUAUUGCAGUGUUUAUACUCCUCUUAACAUUUAUAUUCUUUGUAAUGACGGGGCUCUGCUCAUCAGAAUAUCAUCACCGUCAGGCACAGACGUCUAUAACUCAGUUAACACAAAGCCAGCCAUUUGAGGCAGAGCCACGCCCUGUGACCAGGGGCUCUACCUCUUCUUCUGGUCAGUCUGAGGCCUCUUAUGAAAACGUGGAAGCCACACAUCGCUGCCCAACCAUCAGCCAAAGAUUAUCAAGAGAGGAACUGGGGUCAGAGCAAAGUCCGAAAGUAGAUUCUGUCUACUGCGUUUUAGAGGUACCAAAUCUGACUGCCUCUCACAGAAAGAGUGACAGCAGUAAAGACACAAAAGGACACAAGAAGAUCCAAGAGGCAUCGGCUUCACAGUCAGCCACCUUGGAUGAAGCACAACGCCCCACACAAAUUGACACGGUCUACAGUGUGUUGCAAAAGCCAAAAAUCUGAAGUCACAGCACCACCAACAGGUCAAACAAGCUAUUCACAAGCCAAAGAGAUGAACAUGACAAAUGAAAGAAAAAGAGCCUUUAACCCAGGACAGACAGAUGAACAUUCAUGCAGUAUUUUGUUUAGACUGGAUGACCCAUCUUUAUGGAUUAUGCAGUUAUUUGGUACAGUGUUUUGGUAUUGUGGUGUUAGUUUUCUUUUUAUUCCUUUUUAUACAAUUUAUUCUUUACUUUUUAUUAUCAUGAGCAUUUAUGUUAACAGUAACACAUACAUGAUUACUUGAUACAGUUUUUAUUUAU